AUGUACAUUGUCAAGAGGGGACAAUUGCAGGUCGUCGCAGACGACGGAAUCACCGUCUAUGCUACGUUGACAGACGGUAGCGUCUUUGGUGAAGUGAGUAUUUUGAACAUUGCCGGUAAUAAAACUGGUAAUCGGCGCACGGCGAAUGUUCGCAGUAUCGGUUACAGCGAUCUGUUCUGCCUUUCCAAAAAUGAUUUGUGGGACGCACUUGCUGAGUACCCGGCGGCCAAAAAACAGUUAAUCGAAAGGGGUCGGCAGCUUCUGCUAAAGGAUAACCUUCUCGAUGAGGAGAUCCUCAAGAAACAGGAGGAAAAUGAGGAGACCACCUCGCAAGCUGUCACUCGGCUUGAAACAAGUCUGGACACGCUACAAACGAGAUUCGCAAGAUUGCUGUGUGAUUUUAACACCACUCAGCAAAGGUUGAAACAACGAAUCACAAAAUUAGAAAAAAUCUUAGCUAGAGAAGAUGACGCCAUCUCAAAAAUAUCUAAUGUAUCGAAUGCCGAUUCGUAG